GUAUAGGUUUUGUUAUCCGCGUUAUACACUAGUUUGAUCUGAUAAACCAAAAAUUUCGAAAAUUUAGCAAUUUCAAAUAGAGUUAUAUGAAGCAAAUUUGAAGCUUUUCUGUUCCCAGUUUUCAUAAAAGGGAUUUAGAGGCCUGUCGUUUUAAGAGGGUUUACAGUUAAUGGGCAAAAACCAGCAAAUGGAGAGUGUUAAAGGAGAAGAGGAGUCGAGGUUGAUUGAAUAUUUGAGGAAAGAAGUUCCUGAUUGGGACGAUGAAGUGAAGUUGAUUGCGAGGUACAAGGCAUUCAGCGGUCAGAGGAGUGAUUGGGAGCCUCUUUAUAUUUUCUGGAGGGAUUUGAUUCUCAAAGUUGCUCGACAUCUUCACAUCUUCAUUAUUCGUCCUUCUCAGGUGAAGAUUUGGUUCGACCGAGGAGGCCUCGUCCCUUUGUGCCUCGAACAAGUAUUGGUAUGUCUCACAUUAUAAUCUACAUGUGGUCGUAAAUUUCAAUG